AUGCCUGGCCGGCGGGAGCACGGGCACGCUUCCCUCGCCGCACUGUCACUGCCGGCACGCUGCUCGUUGCUCUCUCGCGCGCCCGUCAACAAGUCUCGAACAGGGCUCGCGCUCUCUGAGUGGAUCAUCCAAUUGCAAGAUGGAAGACCGACCACUCUAUCAGGAAGCUUCCGUGAUCGACCAUACCCCGUCUGCCACGUCAGAGGAGCCCUUGUCUGGGCGAGGGACUUGAGUAGCGUCGGCAAUGUCACGGAUUCGAUUACGCUUUUCCCACCGAUCGCCCAGCCUCUCUACCAUUAUCGGCAAAGGGAUCCGCCCUCUUCUCAGCCUGAUCAAGCUCUGCUGAAUGUGCCGGACAUGCGGAAAGACAGGAAGGGCUUCGCCACUCGAUCACAUAAGUUACAGCAAGUGGCAAGCAGUGCCGAUUGUCAGCAGAGAUGGCGACUUGCAGAAGGUCGAGACGAACCACUCCAAUCGAGACCGGGACCGUGCCGUCGCGGGCAUUAUCUCGACCCUGCAGAACGAGAGGACAACGUGACUGGAUGCCCACGCUGCCCGAGCACCUCACCCCAUCAGGUCUUGCUUCCGAGGAAGCACCGUCAUUCCUGCAUACCUGGUACAUUGGAUCGAGGAAAGGGCUCUACCAAGCAGGAUGUGUCUCGCUUCGGCUAUCACUCAACCCUGCUCUACAUGGGGAGCUUCACCCUGUCUCGGUCCGACGAGAGCCAGACGCUGUGGGUUGUGCAUGGUUAUGUGGGACACUGGACAUCCAUUGGCAGUAGUGCGAUAUCGCGGGAACGACCACGUGACCCGACUCAAGUGAAUCUUCCCGCACGGAAGCCAUAUCACAUCACCCGCUACGCCAUUGCAGUCCUCACCCCGAGUAACUAAAGCGAACUCAGUCACAGCCGUCGACGUACCAAGUGGGGAAUGGCUGCAUCGAUUCAGGAUCAAGAGACCUCCCUUUCCCACCCGGGCCGUCCACGCGCACACAUCACGAACAUCGGAUGGACGAGAGCCUGCCACGACCGUCGAUGAUCCAUAAAGCCUAAGUGAUGGGUCCAUGCAUGAGCGUAGGCUACGGCAACGCCGGGCGGACAUUGCAGCUCGUUCGCCCCUCCGAGAGCUCACCCAGGUUGUCACGGACGUGAUCCGUUGGGCCCCGGGGGCGUGUUGUUGGCUGAUGCCAAUGCACGCCUUCGUAGCGAAGGCAUCAAGCAAGGGUGGACGGAUCGAGGACAGGCGAAGGAACCUGUGGACAUCGAUGAUGAGACGACGUGCUCCCUGGCGAGGAAGAGGGGAUGGUGCAGCUUCGCUUGCACGCCGCCACGAGUAGGAUGGUGGUCAUGAAGGGCAUAAAUAGCGGCCGUCAGGACGGAUGGAUCGUCUUUCCUUCUUCCUCCUUUCAUC